GGUGCCGGUGAGCCCCCCAUCUGCUCGGUGUGCGGGCUGAGCUUCGAGGGGCUGAGCUUCGGUGGAGGACCACAUGACGGGGCACAACAUGGAGAAGCGAAACAUGGGAGUACACCCCUUCGUCUGCUCGGAGUGCAAAAAGAGUUUCAAGACGGCCAUUGUCCUGGAGGCACACCGACGGAUUCACACGGGCAAGAGGCCCCAUGGCUGCUCCACAUACGGCAAGAGCUUUACACAGUUGUCGCGGUUGCGGGAGCACCAGUACGUACACAGCAGUGAGCGGCCCUUCACCUGCUCCGACUGCGGCAAAUGCUUCAAGUCGCCCAAGGACCUGAAGGUGCACUGGCGCCUGCACACUGCGGAGCGCCCUUACAUCUGCAGCGACUGCGGCAAGGGCUACACCCAGUCCAGCAGCCUGCUGAAGCACCAGCGCACGCACACUGGCGAGCGCCCGUACACCUGUACCCAGUGCGGCAAGGGAUUCACCCAGUCCGACACCCUGCUGAAGCACCAGCGCACCCACACCGGCGAGCGCCCCUACACCUGUGCCCAGUGCGGCAAGUGCUUCACCCAGUCCAGCAGCCUGCUGAUGCACCAGCGCACCCACACCGGCGAGCGCCCCUACACCUGCGCCCAGUGCGGCAAGGGCUUCACCAGAUCCAGCAGCCUGCUGGAGCACCAGCGCACCCACACCGGCGAGCGCCCCUACACCUGUGCCCAGUGCGGCAAGGGCUUCACCGAGAUCCAGCAACCUGCUGGAGCACCAGCGCACCCACACCGGCGAGCGCCCCUACACCUGUGCCCAGUGCGGCAAGGGCUUCAUCCAGUCCAGCACCUGCUGAAGCACCAGCGCACCCACACUGGCGAGCGCCCCUACACCUGCGCCCAGUGUGGCAAGGGCUUCACCUGCUCCACCCGGCUGCUGUCCCACCAGCGGGUGCACGCCGGCGACCGUCCCGUCCCCAGCCCGGUGUGUGGAGAGCGCUUUGCCAUGGCCUCCCACGCCCUGUCUCACCAGCAUGUGCACACCAGUGGCCAGCCCUACGACUGCCCGUACUGUGGUGAGUCGUUUGACAGCUCGCGGGGGUUGCGGCAGCACCAGCGGGCCCACGUCGGCGAGCAGCUGCUCCCACUGUGACAAGAGAGCAUGGGGGCUGCGGGAGCACCAGCGGAUACACACCGGAGAGAGACCCUUUGUGUGCGCUGAGUGUGGCAAGGGUUUCACCCGCAUGUCCAGCCUGUGGCAGCACCGGCGUACCCACAGCGGUGAGCGUCCCUUCCCCUGCCCGUCCUGUGGUAAGGGCUUCACCCGCCUUGACCACCUGCUGGAGCACCGGCGAGUCCACACCGGCCAGCGCCCCUUCACCUGCCCGCUCUGUGGCAAGGCCUUUGCCCGCUCCUCCAGCCUGCUGGCACACCGCCACGUGGAUAGAUAGGCGCUGUUUAGGUAAACACAAAAUGCUGGAAGGAAUGGGUAACGUUUCUGGUCGAGACCCUCCUCAGUCUCGACCCGAAAUGUCACCCAGUCCUUCUCUCCAGAGAUGCUGCCUGUCCCGCUGAGUUACUCCAGCGUUUUGUGUCCUUUUUUGUAAACCAGCAUCUGCAGUUCCUUGUUUUUAAACCAUUCUGGUUAACCAUCUCUGCACCUUCCCCAAAGCCUCCACAUCAGUCCUGUAAUGGAGUGACCAGAACUGUAUGCAAUACUCCAAAUGCUACCUGACCAAUGUCCCUUAAAGCUGCACAUAUACAUUCCUCUCUCCUUAUCUCACAUCCUUUUAUCUCCUUAUUUUCCCUCGCCUCUGUCACUUACUUCACUCAUCUGCCGAUCACCCCCUCAUCUGUCAACAUAGUGUCAGUCUGAAGAAGGGUCCCGACCCGAAAUGUCACCUAUCCAUGUUCUCCACAGAUGCUGCCUGACCCACUGAGUUACUCCAGCACUCUGUGACACGUCACCUAUCCAUGUUCUCCACAGAUGCUGCCUGACCCGCUGAGUUACUCCAGCACUUUGUGUUAUAAACAUAGAGUGAUACAGUGUGGAAACAGGACCUUCGGCCCAACUUGCCCACACCGACCAACAUGUCCCGGCUACACUAGUCCCACCUGCCUGCAUUUGGUCCAUAUCCCUCCAAACUUGGCCUAUCUAUGUACCUGUCUAUAACUGUUUCUUAAACGUUGGGAUAGUCCCAGCCUCAACUACCUCCUCCGGCAGCUUCUGCAGUUCCUUGUGUCUCCCUCACCCAUAUCCACCUAUCACUUCUGAAGAAGGGUCUCAACCUGAAACAUCACCCAUUCCUUCUCUCUAGAGAUGCUGCCCGUCCCGCUGAGUUACUCCAGCAUUUUGUAUCCACCUAUCACUUGCCAGGCUUUGUCCAGCCCCCAUCUCUCUUUUCCAGCUUCCUCCCCCCACCCUCUCCAAUCAGUCUGAAGAAAGGUCCUGACUCAAAACGUCGUCUGUCCAUUCAUGGAAACAUAGACAAUAUGUGCAGGAGUAGGCGAUUCGGCCCUUCGAGCCUGCACCGCCAUUCAAUAUUCUCAUGGCUGAUCAUCCAACUCCGUAUCCUGUACCUGCCUUCUCUCCAUACCCACUGAAGGGCCACAUCUAACUCCCCUCUUAAAUAUAGCCAAUGAACUGGUCUCAACUACCUUCUGUGGCAGAGAAUUCCAGAGUGCUGGAGUAACUCAGUGGGUCAGUUUCAGAGGAGGCGCUGUCCUGAACGGCUGCCUGUCCUGCAGCUGUCCGUUUUUUUCCCCUUCUUUUUUGUUAUUUUUAGUUUGUUUAGUGUACAGUCAGGGGGUCUAAUCUUUUUAUGUGUGGGGGGUGGUGGGGGGGAGGGGGAAACUGCUUUUCCAAGUCCCUACCUGGUCGGAGGGGUUGCCUUCCUCCGAGCAGCGUCUUCGACCCGUCCUCGCGGCCUAACAGCGGGUCCUGGAGCGACGUUUUCCUGAGGGGCCUGCCCAGAACAUCGGCUUUGGUGGCGGCGCAGAACAUCGGCUUUGGCGGCGGCGCGGCGCUGGAGCGCUGUCGUGGAGCGGGCGAUGCCUUUCCUGGGUCGCCGCGCUGGAACUCCAGUAUGCUGGGACUGCCGAAAACAUCAUCGGUGAGCCGCGGUUCUGCGGAGCGGCCAGCUGCGACGCUGAACUUUACAUCCCGGAGCCUGGGAUCUCUCGCAGAGAUCGCCAGUGUGUGGAGCUCCGUCCGGCGCGGUUAGGUUGGCUUGGAAGCCGCGGGCUCCGUUGGGAAGGUGGCCGUUCCUGGCACCUCAAGCCGCUGGGGAUUCUCCCGACGCCGGAGUACCAUCACCCGGCGAGAACAUCGGGCGCCGUGGCGGCGACUGUGGAGGCCUCAAUAGGCCCGACUUUGGGUGGACAAGAGGAUGGGGACUGAACUUUGUGCCUUCCCCCACAGUGGGAAUCACUGGGGGGAUGUUUUAUGUUUGGUGUUGAAUUUCUUCAUGAAUACUUUGUUGUAUUUUUUAUUAGUGUGCUGCAAGGACAUCAGAAUUUCCCCUUGGGGAUUAAUAAAGUUUAUUCAAGAUUCAG